AUGACUUUAUUUGUGAAAUCAGAAGGAAAUAUGGACUGCUGUUUUUCUGGAAGCGAAAGCCCUUGUUUCAACAAUGGUGGUGAGUUUUUGGUCUGUGUGGUUGCGUGCUGUCCCAAUGAGGAUUUCCUAUGAGCAAACUUGCAAUACUAAAAAUCUUUUCUUUUUUAUGAUGAUUUGAUUAAUGAUGAUUUAAUAACUUUGACUCGCACAAAUCAAUUGAACUGUCGAAUUUCCUUUUGGCUUAUGAAGUAUAUUUGACAGGAUCUACACAUGUUUAUUUAAAAAAUAUUGAAUUCAAGAGCACCCACUGAUUUUAACGGAAAUUACUGCUUCAAUGCUUUAGACAACGUUUCACCGAAAUUCACGUAAGCAUAAGCCGAUCGAGGGAAAUAAUUUUACGGAAAUGCCAGUUGUCUUCAAAUUACCACUUGUCAUCCUCUUCAGCCUAAGGUCUCUGUUUUCUUCUCCUACAUAAUUGGCUAGAAGAAUGUAUAUUCAUUUUUUUUUUCUGAUAACCCCUUCUUUACUUUUGUUCUUGACAGUUUUACUUGAUAAACUCUGGAAAACAAGCAAGCUCUUUAAGUUUCUUCUGGACCAUCUCUCGCUGCAGCGGUACCAGUCGAUCAUUUCAUGGGAAGGAGCCGAUGGAGAAUUCGUGAUCCGUCGACCGGACCAAGUGGCUCUUUUGUGGGGAGAAAGAAAUUGCAGACCAAACAUGACUUAUCAAAAAUUCAGCCGUGCAAUGCGUUAUUACUACCACAAGAAAGUACUGACCAAAAUUCGCGGUCGAAAGUACGCCUACAAGUUUAACUUCAAAGAGCUUGAGGUACAGUACGGUUACUACAGAAGUAAAGCGUAUCCUGCUUCUAAGAGUCACACAGAAAGCUAUGCUAUUCCAUCCAGUUAUGACGCCUUUCACUAUUCAGACUCCAUUAACAAUUUUCCUGCAGCAAUGGGGUUCAUUAGUAACAGCAGUUACGGUUAUCCCGCCACAAUGGAGUUCGCAAGCAAUGGUAGGUACGAGAUUCCUGUCAAUACUCAUGGUUUCCAGUUCUUUAAAAACGACGUACGUUUUCAAAAUGCAGAGAUGUAA